UGUGAUUGUGUGCUUGCGCAUCGGAGAGAGUUCCUACAGCCGCGUAGCGGCAAUAAACAGCUUUUUGCUCUCUGCCUGUGUUUGUUGAUAAUCGGAUCAGGGUUGAAAGUAUUUGGGGAAGCAUCAACACCGAUGAAUCCAAGUUCCAGUCGCAAGUCGCCACUAUCACAACAAUGUCUCUUGUUGUUGUUAUGGGGACAGGACGAGAGGACCCAAACGCUUGACAGGGAUGCAGAGACGGGGUGGAAAGGAAAGGGGGUUUAUUGGAACAAGGGGUAACGACAAGCCGGGGCUAGGCAAGCGGUGGUCAGGCAGGAAGGGGCUCGGCGGUAGGCGUGUAGUCAGGCAGGCGAGGAUUCGGCAACGGGUAAACAGGGUGACGGACGGAGAACUUCAGAAGAGGGAAAAGGGUUACUCGAGGACAGGGAAAACGGACUGGAUUUAGUUUAACGCUGGUAGGACCGAUACUGACUGAGGUGUAGUAAACGAAGAACUGGCACCGGGCGGCUGAAGUAGGGGACGGCGAUUGCAGAAUGCAGACAAGUGUGUUGAGAGAGUGAGGACCAGUUGCGCCAAGCGGCCACUAGAUGGGGAUGUUGGACCGGUUAGCAGGACAUGGCUUGUUUUGCACCGGCUCUCUUUUAACUCCAGAAAGAAGAGAACACACAUCAACGCAUUUGAAGAGGCCAACACAGGUAGUCAUUUAGUAAGUCAGGUUCUUUGUUGUCCCCAAGGGGAUAAUUGUACUCACACAGUAAAGUCAAGUUGGUUUCAGGGCAGCAUACGUUUGAAGAGACGGAACACAGUGUAGCAACACUGUAGCACACAGAUAUCAAAUAAAUUAUUUCCCCACAUAUACAACAAAUAAACCCUCUUCCCACAAAUUCCAAAGAAAAACAUGUAGACAGAAAUAAACAUGACAUGAACCAUAUACACUGAUGAAAAAUCUACAUAUUUUUGUUCACUGCUAUGAUAGCUGAGGGGACUAAACUUUUUUUUUUGGGGCUUUUCUCCAGUUCAUUCCCCUAUAUCUGCGGAAAGAUGGGAGUAAUUUGAAGAAUUGGCCAAGGGAAUGGUCAGGGACGCUGACUAUUGCACGUGCCAGGCGUGCUAUAGCAAGCUCAUUUGCCUCUGACAGGCAGGGGGAGGGUGAUUAUCUUGGAUGCACCCUUGCCGGGAUGCCAUCCGGCCCUGGGGCCUUGCCAAUUUUGCACCUGGCCAGCUGUGGCUGUACAUCCUCCUGAGUGAAGGGUGGGUGCUGGGGUUCUACCAGCGCCUUCACAGGAGGCGGUGUAGUCCUGGGUGUCAAACCGGUUGAAGAACCUGUUCAGGGAGUUGGCAAAGUGCAUGAACGCAGUGCAGCCAUGUGUCGUGUGGGCGGAGCCAGGGGUUAGGGGAGGAGCCAGGGGUUAGGAGAGGAGGGGAGAGUACGUCAGGUAGAGGAAACGAAACUUAAGGAUCAGAUCAACCAAAGCACCCGACGUGGAAGCAGUUCUCUCGGUCAGGAGAAAAAUAAAAAGCAUUUUGAAACACGCUGACGGACUGAAACAACAUCAAGGAAUGGCCUCUGCUAACACCUCCUGGCCUGAAGAGAACUUUUCAUGUUCCAUCUGUCUGGAUGUGUUCAGCAGCCCAGUUUCCACACCAUGUGGACACAACUUCUGCAGAACCUGUAUUACUAAGUUCUGGGAUGAACAAGUCAAGUACAAAUGUCCCGUUUGCAACGAGCUUUUCAACACAAGACCUGAUUUACGGGUCAAUAUCCUCUUUUCAGAGAUGGUUGAAUGGUUUGGAACGUCGGUACGAGUAAAAGAGCAGCCUUGUGUUGGACCAGCAGAAGUUCCCUGUGACGUCUGUACUGGGACCCAGCUGAAGGCCGUGAAGUCCUGCCUAGUGUGUCUAAUCUCUUACUGCCAAACCCACCUGGAGCCACACCAGAGAGUCGCAGGUCUGAAGAAACAUCGGCUGGUCGAGCCUAUGGACCGUCUGGACGACAGGAUGUGUAAGAAACACGACAGACUUCUGGAGCUCUUCUGCAAGACUGAACAGGUGUGUGUGUGUCUGUUCUGCACAGAGACGGACCACAAGUCCCAUCCUGUUAUACCUCUAAAGGAGGAAUAUGAAGUGAAGACGGCCCAGCUGGGGAAGAUAGAGGCUGAAGUUAAGCAGUUGAUCCAGGAGAGACAAAAAAAUAUUCAGGAGAUUAAAGACGCAGUUAAACGCAUCAAAGCAGACUCAGACAGAGAGAUAGCUGAUGGUGUGCAGGUCCUCACUGCUCUGAUGCGCCGCAUUGAAAAGUGCCAGGAUGAUCUCAACCAAAUGGUUAAAGAGAAACUGAAAUCCACAGUGAAACAAGCUGAAGACCUCAUCAAAGAGCUGGAGCAGGAAAUAGAAGAUCUGACCAAUAGAAGUUCAGAGGUGAAGCUGCUCUCACACACAAAAGACCACCUCCACUUGCUCCAGACCUUCAGAUCUCUGAAGGAUCCUCCACCCCCCAGGGACUGGACCACGGUGGAGGUCCGUCCUCCGUCAUACGUAGGGACAUUGAGGAGAUCCCUGGAUCAGCUGGAGGAGACACUGAACAUGGAGAUGAAGAAGCUGCGUGAUGCUGAACUGAAGAUGGUCCAGCAGUAUGAAGUGGAUGUGACUCUGGAUCCUGAUACAGCUCAUCCCCGUCUCAUCCUGUCUGAGGAUGGGAAACAGGUACAUGAUGGAGGUGUGUGGAAGGAACUCCCAGACAACCCCAAGAGAUUUACACGGUGGGGAGGUGUUCUCACGAGGCAGAGCUUCUCCUCAGGGAGAUUUUACUUUGAGGUCCAGGUUAAAGACAAGACUGAAUCGUGGUUAGGAGUGGCCAGAGAGUCUAUCGACAGAAAAUGUCUGAUACUGUUGACCCCUGAGACGGGUUACUGGACUCUUCUCUACUACAAGGAUGUGUUGGUAUUUAGAGAUGACCCUUCUGUCCGUGUCCCUCUGAGAGCUGAGCUCCAGAAGGUGGGGGUGUUUGUUGAUUAUGAUGAGGGUCUGGUCUCCUUCUACGAUGUGGAAGCCAGGGUUCAUCUCUACUCUGCUACUGGCUGCACCUUCGGUGAGCCUCUCUAUCCAAUCCUCCACCCAGGUCCCCGUGAACACAAAGGUAACAACUCCGCCCCCCUGAUCAUCUCACCUGUCAAUCAAACAGACUAGGACCUUUGUUUGGUAAUAAAAUAAUCAAAUGACCAAAACAACUAAUGUUGUUUCCUGAAUUAGAAUCUCUACUAUGUGAGGUCUGAGAGAACUGUAUUCAUAUCUUACUCUUCACUGUCUUCUAAGGAGUAAUUCAUUAAGCCACGAACACUGUACUAUAAAAAAUAUAACCCCUUAUAACCUAUAAGACUACGCUAUAAUGUUCAACGUCUUUUAUCGGAGUGUUUUUUUAUAUUUUUAAUUAAUGAAAAAAAUGUAAUCAGAUAUUGUGAAAUGUUGAUUUUGAUUAUCAUUAGUUGUUUUAACCAAAUAGUAAUAUUCGUUUAUUUUUGAAUCAUGUUUGACAACACAAUAUAAUGUUUGUAAACUUUUGAGAUUUGAAUAAAAAUGUACUAGAAUGAG